CUGAGACGCUGGUGUACAAGUAGCUACCUGACACCUGACGCAAAGCCAGAGGAAGCCGGCUGACAGCCUGCAAGACCAGACUCAACAUGUGCAGCCACAGUGUGUGUGACCUGGAAGACAUCCCCCUGGAAGAUGAUGACCCAAAUAGCAUAGAGUUCAAAAUCCUGGUCUUCUACGCCAGACACCAUGUCUUCAAGAGCCCCCCAGCUAUUUUCUCACCCAAGCUCUCCAGAACAAGAAGUUUGUCCCAGAAAGCACUGGGGACUUGGUCAACUGAUUCAUGGACACAGGUGUCAUUGCCUUGCAGAAGCUCCCCGUCCAGUGAAAAGCACAUAAGCCUUGGCAAGAAGAAGUCUUCUUGGAGAACAUUCUUCAGAGCAACGGAGGAGGAAGGCCCACCGAGCUCCCCAAAGGAGGUCCGAGCUCAGGGCAUUCAGGGUCCCUUCGCAGUAGAGAGGCAGGGUCUAAAGCUUCAGGGUGGCUUCCAUAACCAGCACUGGGCCAGGUCUCUCUCCAAUGUGGAGCAGCGCCUGGAGUGUGAAGCUGUGGACCCCAAAGUUGCCUCUAUUGCUAACCGGGUGGCUGAAAUCGUUUACUCCUGGCCACCACCAGAAGACAGCCACAGCCAGGGAUGCAGCUUCAAGUCCAAAGAGAGUGUCCCAAAGCAUCUGUACUUCGAAGGCCUUCAGUCUGUAACUUGUGAUUCUAAGAAAGAUGGUGAGGACCAAAUAAUUAGCAGAAUUGUUGAGCUGCUGAAAUACUCAGGGGAUCAUCUGGGAAGAGAGAUGAAGAAAGACAAGGCUUUGAUGAGCAGCUUCCAGGACGGGCUGUCCUACUCAGUGUUCAAGACCAUCACAGACCUGUUCCUGAGGGAUGUAGACACCAGAGGAGAAUCAGAAGUCAAAGCUCGGGGCUUUAAGGCCGCCCUUGCAAUAGACGCCAUAGCCAAGCUCACGGCCAUCGACAACCACCCAAUGAAUAGGAUGCUGGGCUUUGGAACCAAGUAUCUAAAAGAGUACUUCUCCCCCUGGGUCCAACAGAAUGGUGGAUGGGAAAAAAUACUAGGGAUAUCACAUGAAGAAGUAGACUGAAAUAUCCAAAGGCCUGUCCUCUGGAAUGUUCCAUGUCCAACGGUAGUCCUGUGCCCACUGCUCUCAGCAUAGACUUCAGGAGGAAAUUCAAAUGCAUGCAGCAGAUGGAGCCCACAUUUUCUAGAACCAUCCUUCCUUUGACUCAAGAGGCGUGGGGAGAGGCCUUGCUCUUCCAGCUCUUAGGAUUCAGUAGCAUGCCCUUUGCAUUGAGGUUAUUUGAGCUGAGUGUAAGGAGCCAUAAAGACCUGAGGUCAUUUUACCUUUCAACAUUCUGAAUGGAAACCAUCCCAUUAGUCACAUUAGAGGAAGUGUUCGGUGGGUGUCUGUUGAUCUCAUGGAGGUGAAACAAUAAACUGUGCACGUGC